AUGGUUAAACGAACAGCCAUCGUGACGGGCUCGUCCCGUGGCAUAGGCGAAUCGAUUGUCCGCCGGCUCGCCCAGGAAGGCUACAAAGUCACCGUCAACGACGUCUCGGCCAACAAAACGGGCAUCGACAACCUCGUCUCCGAACUCAACAGCACACACGGCGAAGGCACGGCGAUCGGCGUCGUCGCCGACGUGACCUCCCCGUCCGACGUGCAGAACCUGAUAAAAGAGUCGGUUGAGAAACUGGGACCCCUGACCGUCAUGGUGGCGAACGCGGGCAUCGCCCAGGUCGCCCCCGCUCUAGACAUCAGCGACGACGACGUGCACAAAAUGUUCGAGGUCAACUUCUUCGGCGUCUGGAACUGCUACACCCACGCCGCGAGGCAGAUGAUCAAGCAGGGCCCCGUGGAGGAGGGGAGCAGUGGGUACAAGAUCCUCGGAUGCGCCAGUAUCGUGGCAUUCAAGCCGUUUCCCCUGCUCUCGCACUACAGCGCGUCAAAAUGGGCGGUGCGCGGCCUGACGCAGGUAUUCGCCAUGGAGAUGGCAAAGCACAAAAUCAACGUGAAUGCGUAUGCGCCCGGGAUCGUGGGCACCGCCAUGUGGGACCUCAUUGACGAGAAGCUCGGCGAGAUCGAGGGCCGGCCACGAGGCGAGACAGUCAAGAAGUACAGCUCCGAGCUGACGGCGCUGGGGCGCGUCAGCGUGCCUGAUGAUGUGGGCAACGUGGUUGGCGGGUUCAUGUGUUCCAAGGACGCAGAGUUUGUGACUGGCCAGACGAUGGUCAUUGAUGGUGGCAUCGUCUUCACGUGA